AUGCUACUGGUAGAGUAUCUACUACAGUUACUCAAACGCUCAUUGUGUUAUAUUCUAAAAACUAUUGAGCAGAGUCUAAAUUGCUCUAUUUUAACAUUUCCUCCACAAUUGGACUCGCCAUAUAACAGAGUUUCAAAAAAAACACUAGACCCACCAACACCAUCUAUGCAUCAUGUUUCUCAAACCACAACCUUGCUAACAUCUACAAACCAUGGCUUUGUUUCGGAUUUCCUGUUGGAAGAACACAAGCACCAAUAUUGGAGUAAUCUUGCUAUUCUAUGUUUUCUUAUGACAAUGCUUUCAUUAGGCGUCUAUUCUAUAUUUCAAUUUACCGCUAUUUCCACCGAUAAAGCUACAGGUGAGCUUUUAAUAAGCGAAAGAAGAAAUGUUGAUCUGAUUCAGGCGAAUUCUCUUCCUUUAUUUCACUCUACUUCAUCUUCGUUUCGUUGCUCACAUUCUACAUCAUUGUCGUCGGCUACUAGACACACCUCGAACAGUCGUUAUUCAUUACCCAAUACACUGCCUACCGCAAGGUUUGACAACUUGUCUGACUUGAUUCCAAAUUACCCCUCAUUAAUAGCUAACUCGCAUUUCCGACCAAUGCUUAGGAGAUCUACCUCGUCAUCAUCAGCUACAACAAUAGGUUCAGCGCAUUCGAUAUUGAAUAAUUCUAGCACGUAUACUGAAACUACAACGGGGAUGAAUUUUGAAUAUGAUAUGGUUGGAAACACUGCAACAGAAAUGUUGAUGAACUUGAGCCGAAACUUGUCUAUUCGACAUGGCAUGAGCCAUUACGUUGGCAAUUCAGAUACCAUUGAAGAAGAUAUGAAUGAAAAUGAUAGUGUCGGGUGA